UUGACUCCUGCCCAAGUCUUUCCACUUUCAAGUUAUGACGGCAUCGUCGUCCAAAAGCCCCAAAAUCUUUCUCUAGGGUUUCACGGGUAAGAUUCCAAAUCCCUAAUAAAGUCCCCUUGUUUUUCCCCAAUUCGAGCUCCUAGGGUUUCGAUUUUGCGGUAAUGUACAUAUUCAGGGUUUCGUUCACGGGAAAUUUUGGAUUUUUACGGGUUUUUGAUUGAGGGCUUUGGUUUUUUCGAAUUCGCGUUUGAAUUCCAGGAAGGUUGGGGUUUAUCUGAGUGAAGAUCUGUGCGGUUGGUGUUUGAUUAUUGUAGGCAAGUUUUGGGUUUAGGGUUUUUUUGUUGGAUAUUUAUUGGUGUGGAUUUAGGGUUUUUGUUGGUUUAGAGUUGAACUAAUGGCUUCUGUGGGUAAGGAGGAUGUGGAGUAUGAGAGUGAUCCGGAGGUAACGAAGCGAUCUCUGGCGAUGCGGAGGAGGGAAGCGGCCAGCGACGAUGAGGAAGGUGAAGAGGAGGCGAGGGAGAAGCCGAGGAAGGAUCCGAGGGCCGCGGUUCACUCCGAUGAAUCGGAUGAUCAGGGUGGGGCGGCUGAGUAUGAUGAUGACGAAGAACUAGAAGAAGAAGAAGGAGAAGAAGAGGAAGAGAUUGAUGAAGAAGAAGAGUUUGAGGAGGAAGUUGUGGAAGAAGAGGAGUUGGAAAGAUAUCAGGAGAGAGGCCGGGAAGGCGAGAUGGGUGGCAGGGUUGAGGUUUUGGCUGUUAAGGAAUCGAGCGGUGAUGGUCGGAGGUCUGUGGAAGGGUCCGUGGAUGAGAAUGGGGGGAAUCAGGCUGAAGAAGGGGAGGAGAAGAAGGAGAAUGAACCAUUUGCAGUCCCCACAGCGGGUGCUUUUUAUAUGCAUGAUGACCGCUUCAGGGAAAACUCUGGUGGUCGGCACAGUAGGCGAACACGUGGUGGAAGGAAGCUGUGGGAGUCCAGAGAUGAAAGAAAAUGGGGGCACGAUAAGUUUGAGGAGAUUACUUUUCAGGAAAGGCGCUAUGAAGAAGGAAAGAAACCUUCAAAGGGUCCUUAUGUAGGUCGCGGAAGAAACCGAGGUAUUGAUCGUGGGAGUGCCAGAGGAAAUAGGUCUAAAGAAUAUGACAGGUCUAAAGAAUAUGACAAUAAUAAUCAGAGACAGGUACCCAAGGGUGUUAGAGGGAGAGGGCCCAGGAGGUAUGAACCGGCUUUUAGGAAUAACAGACAGGCACCGCCAACACAUAACAAACAGUCUGGAAAGCCUGCUGAGAAAAACGUACAAAGUAAUUUAGAGAGAACAUUUACUCCCAACUCAAAUGCAGAGUCUGGCCAGGUUUCUGCUAGGAAAAAUUCCUUUGCCUCAAGCUUGAAUUCAGCUUCUCCUCCUUUUUACCCAUCAGGCUCUUCCAGUUCCAAUAAAGGUAUAACUCUUACUCCUAAGCGGGAUGCACAGGUUGGGAGUGGUAAGAGGAACCUUCGGUCUUCUGUAGUGCAUGAGAGUUUCAAUGUUCCCCAAACCAAUGCAUUGGAGCGAGGUAAGAACAUAGCUGAAUCUGUCGGUAUGGACAAGCUUUAUAUAAAUGACUCUACCAAUCCAGCUGCUGGGAAGACUUUGACCAACAGAAAAAUGUCACCUUCUGGGUCAUCAUUUGUCAAUACUACUCAAGCUCCUCAGUCUAGGGUUCAAGGAAGGGGUGUUAUCUCAGGACAAAUGAGUUAUCAACCAGUGUCUCAGAACCAAAUGACAAGGGCUUCUCCAUCCACACAUCUUCAUGCGGUUCAGCGCAAUCCUGCUCAAAAUCGAUCUCAACUGGCUCUGCAAGGUCCUGCUCAGCAGAUGGGACAACGUCCUGGAAGUGGAUCUCAGGCUUCCUCUCCACCCAAAACAACCAUGUCAUCAAAUUCCUUCGAAUCAGGAGAAGUUGAAUCACCUUCAGAUUCAAGUAAAUCUAAAGGUGCCCUGGUUGCAAAGGGAAAAGGCAGUGUUCAGGGUAGUGCAAGGGGCAGUAUUACUUAUGGCGGAGCUCCAGUUACGGGACCCACUGGGAGUAUGGGUGUUAAUCAUGAUCAGAACUUCCCUGGUGCUCCAGCCUUUCUGCCUGUCAUGCAAUUUGGGGGCCAGCAUACUGGGGGUAUGGGAGUUCCUGCUGUUGGCAUGGCGUUCCCUGGAUAUGUUGCUCAGCCACAACUUGGUGGUUUAGGAAAUUCUGGCGAAAUGACAUGGUUACCUGUAUUGGCGGGUGCUGCAGGAGCAUUGGGGGCAACAUAUUGUCCUCCAUAUAUUACUGUUGACGGUUCUUAUCAUGGUCGCCCAUCUGGACAAACAUCUUCUGUGGGUUCCCUGAGCAAAGAGAAUAAUGCAAAUAAAACCAAUAACGAAUGGAAGCCUUCACAAAAGCCUGAGAUUGUGGGAGAUGAGUAUGGGCAGCGACAAAACAAGCCUCGUAGGCAAGUCAUACCUCAUGUUUUCAUGAACUAAUUAUUUAUUUGCCAAACUUGCUCCGCUUAUCCCAAGAUAUUCACAGAUGAAUGUGGCCAGUGAAGUACUUCAAAAUAAUACGGAGCUUGUUUGAAGAAGCGGAUGAAGGCCUUCGUCUGAGCCCUUUGUGAUCUUCAGCCUAUGUUCUGGGGCACUCUGGGCCAAUGUUUUCGAAGAUAUCUUAGUUACGUAUGACAAACACCUGCUCAUGCUGCACUUAAUCGAAGAUCAAUAUUGCGGCUUGACGGGUGCCAUUCCUUAUUUACAAUUUCGGUUUUCUUGUGGUUUGGUUGUUAUCGAAAAGCUUGUUUGAAAAUGUAGACGGGCUUCCACUUAAACUGCUAUAUAAAAGAAAAUGGAAAAAAAAUACAAAGAAUUGUUGUGCGGUAGCAGCAGUUCGCUCGGCGAUGGUUUCUAUAAGUUGUUUCAUUUUACAUAUAGAUGCAUUGGAUUUUUUUGUUGCCUACGUUGUUAAAAACCUUUGUGGUAGUAUUUUCCUUGUUUAGUUGAGGAGGGUAAGAAGCUCUGCUUGAACUAUCGAUACUGUAAUGACUUGUUUGCUAUGAAUAUUUGAUAUGUGAAUUAAUCAUGUUGAAUUGGAAGAG